CACGCCGGAUGUUGGCGAUGCCAACUUACAGGCGGCGGCGGCGCGUGUUGCGUUACUCGAAUACGAACGACUCGAGGUGGUGGUCAACGUGGACUUGCCGCUGUUGCCACGCUCAAGCAGGAAUAGCGAGCUCCGAGGGUCGGGGGGGGGAGAGAGUCCUUGCGUUCGUUUACACAGCGCGUCAAGUCGCCGCGGGGACCAUGGUUCUUCUGGAGAACGACGUGUUUCUUAACGAGCUCACCAGGCUGUUCCAAAAGUGCCGUUCGUCUGGCAGCGUCUACAUGACCAUGAAGAAAUAUGACGGCAGGACCAAGCCCAUUCCCAAAAAGGGCACACUCGAUUCUGUACAAGAACCGGCAGAAAACAAGUGUCUCCUUCGAGCAUCGGAUGGAAAGAAGAAAAUCAGCACAGUGAUAAGCUCAAAAGAAGUCAACAAAUUCCAAAUGGCAUACUCCAGUCUCCUCCGUGCCAACAUGGAUGGACUCAAGAAGAAAGACAAAAAGAACAAAACCAAAAAGACGAAGGCAACUUAGUUGUAUAAGUUUACAAACUCGACUGUUAUACGAACACUUAUUUGCUUGUUUUCAAAUCGGUUAAAGCUUUUGUUGGUGUCAAUACAGUUUGAAGCUGUUUUAUGCUCAACUUACAGCUUUUUCCAUUAAUCCCAUGCAUUGUAUACAUACAAACCUUUUGUUGGCAAACUUUUCCGUCUUACCUCUGCUCUAUACUUUCAUUUUAAAGUAGAGGUCUGAAUUGGAAAUGUGCCCCCUCUGAUGCAUCCAUUGUAUUAAUUUUGCGUAUACAAUUAAGUUAACAUUUUAAAAGCAAUUUUAAGUUUAAAAUUUGUCUUGUUGUAUAAAGUAAUUAUCACAUGUACUGUCAUUUGUAUUUGUUUGUCUUUGCCCCAUGUUCACAAAUACAUUAUAAUCAAAAGUA